CCGGGGACGCGGACGCCGGCGGGCGCGGGGAGCGCGGGGUUGGAUGCAAGGCCCCGGGAUACGCCGGUUUCUAGGCACCAGCAGCCACGUAGGCCUGAGUCCCUGCCUGCUCCCUUGGUGUGACCCCGGACAUGAGCCCCGCCAGCACUGCAGGGGCAUCGGGGAGCAUCUUCGACCUGGACUACGCCUCCUGGGAGGUCCGCGCCACGUUGGUGGUCGCCGGCUUCGCCUUCUACCUGGGGGUCUUCCUGGUCUGCCACCAGCUUUCGUCCUCCCUGAACGCCACCUACCGCUCACUGGUGGCCAAGGAGAAGGUCUUCUGGAACUUGGCGGCCACGCGCGCCGUCUUCGGCCUGCAGGGCUCGGCCGCCGGCCUGUGGGCGAUGCUGGCAGACCCCGUGCUGCAGGCAGACAAGGCGCUCGGCCAGCAGAGCUGGUGCUGGUUUCACGUGGCCACGGCCACCGGCUUCUUUUUCUUCGAAAAUGUGGCCGUUCACCUGUCCAGCGCAUUCUUCCGGACCUUUGAUGUGUUUUUAGUCGCCCACCAUCUCUUUGCCUUUCUUGGGUUUCUUGGCUCAGUGGUCAACCUCAGAGCUGGCCACUACCUAGCGAUGACCACGCUGCUGCUGGAGAUGAGCACGCCCUUCACCUGCAUCUCCUGGAUGCUGCUCAAGGCCGGCUGGUCUGACUCGGCCUGGUGGCGGCUGAACCAGUGGCUGAUGAUCCACAUGUUCCACUGCCGCAUGGUGCUCACCUACCACAUGUGGUGGGUGUGCCUGUGGCACUGGGCCGCGCUGCGUGCCAGCCUGUACCCGCCGCACCUGGCACUCUUCCUGGUGGGCCUUGUUCUCCUCACCCUGGUCCUCAACCCCUACUGGACCCACAAGAAGACGCAGCAGCUCCUGCAUCCUGUGGACUGGAACUUCGCCCAGCCUGAGCCUGGAGGCCGCCAGCCGGCCAAGGCCAACGGGCAGCCGUCCCCGCGGAAGGCGCAAUAGGGCCGCGCGCCCCGAGCCCGGAGCCUCCCCUGCCAUCGGUGUGACCCGUGGCUCCUCGGGCCUCCCAGCGGGUGGGCGGGGUUCGCAUGGGGGCUGGAGUGACUGCAGUCUCCUUGCGCCGAGAGCCCAGCGCCCUCAUGGGCCAGGAGGCCGUGGUGCCCAGUGCUGCGGGCAGGCCUGGACAGGACAGCGGCAAGGUGGGUGAGGCGCAGGCUCCCUCCGCAGCGCUGCCCCGGGGCCCCUAGAGGGAGACGUCUAGGCCAGCGGGGACCACUCCCCGCUCCACACCGGGUCUGGAGGGCCGGAGCAGCCGGGGAGGCCCCAGUCCCCGCCCGGGUUGGCCACUGGGCCGUGCUGAGAGCCCCGCAGAGACCCCCGCUUCGCUGCUCACAGAGGGGGCACCGCGGCUGCAUUUGCAGGAGAUGCUUGGGGGUCCCGGGAGCGGCACAGGCCCCGGAACCAUGUUUUGGAGAAGAUGCGCAGCUUGGGCCCGACCCACGGCUAUACCCUGAGCCUUCCUUGCGCAGCAGGCGCCAGCCUCGUCCACGGAGCCCCGGCACAGGCCCAGCGUGGCCUCCUGGUCUCUGAGGGCCACUCCAGUCCUCGAGUUUCAUGUGUUCCAUGCCGGCCUGGAGCCCGAGGCGUCCCUGGCGCUGCACUGCGGUGCUUUCGGCCUGCGGAGGCGGGUGUCACUGUGUGUCCCCUGCUGUCUGUCCCGGCUUCUUCCUUCUUCGUCACCAUGACCCUGGGGCUGCCCAGAGGCACGGUGACAGAGGAGCCACUUGAAGUGCCAGCGCGCCUGGGGUGCAGGAGCGCCCCUUGAUCAGCCUGGAGGGCCUGGACUUGGGGCAUCUGUGGCGGCCCCUCCAGCCAGCGCCUCGGCCCUCACCCUCUGGGCGUCUAUCAGUCCUGCUGGUCCUGCCGACCCCUGUGGGUGCCUGGGGGGCGGUGCUGCUGUGGGACUGGGGCUGCUGUGGAGCCAGGGGGUUCUAGGGGGUGUCUCUUGUGCCCCUCGGGUUGCGAGCUCCGGUCAGCUCUGCGUCGAGGGGCAUCCGUUCUAACUCAGCAUCCACACAGAGAGUCCUUGCUUUCUUGACAGCUGACCACACUGGCCGUCCUGCCCCCAUCCCGUGCGAGGUGACCUUUCCCAUAUCUUCUUGUGCCCCCCAUGGCUCGGAAAUGGACCCAGCACAUCCUGGCAGGUGCCUCCCCCAGCCACACCCCUACUGCUACGGGACCCAGAGGCCCCCCUGCUGGGCUUAUGCUGCCCAGGGACCUCCAGAGGGAUGCCCCAUUAGGCUCAUGGCCUGCUCGGGUGCGGCGAUUUCUGCCUGACACCACAAUGGGUUGGGAACCCCAGGGGCUGCGGGCUUAUGUUUGUGGUGCCCCAAGUUUGCCCCAACAUGAUGGGGGCACCUGGGGAGUCACCACAAUGGGGCCAGUGACCUGGCGAGGAGACGCCCCCACCUCACCCAGGGAAGCAGACCAGGGGACACAUCCGCCAGCCAGACUGUGCUAGCACUAACCAGCCCUCCCCGGCCAUGGCUGCGGCCUCCAGUCCGUCUCUGGAAAUGUGACGCCUGCAUUUGUGGCCUGCAACCCCAAACUGGUGAAAAGAUUCCAAAAUGUAACUCCCCAGAGAAAGUUACUGAGGUCAAGUCUGCACCCGCAGCCCCCAGCCGCCGCUGUGUCGAGGCCACCCUCAGUUCUUCCCGGCACCUCCCCAGCACAUCUGUCCACCCCAGAGAUUUCACUCCCACGCUGAGCAGGAGCCCGGAGGUCGGCCCUGAGGGGGACCCUGUGUCUUGUCGGCUGCAAACACAUUCACUAAGACAGACCUCCAGGCAUUGACCCCAAGCCUGGCCGCUGGCUGGGAGCCACCUGCUCCCCUAUGGCCCGCCUCCCCCACCCUGGGGUGCCCACAGGGCCAGUGGGAGGGGCCGUGUCCAGCAGGAGUCCUUCACCCCUCCCCAGCCUCCCUUUUCCUAAAAGCAGUCGGAAGCCCAGCAGUCACUGCCCCGACCUCGUGCUGAGAGGGCUAGCCCGAGGUCACCGCCAGGUUGGGCAGAAAAUGGCCUCUUGGCCCAGGUGUGCUCUCCUGACCUGGGGAGCGGUGCAGGGAGGCCCGGGAGGAGCCUGGCUGGGAUGUGCCCACCUACUGCCCGUCUCCCCGGCUCAGGAGCAGGAUGGACGGUAGGCUUCCAUGCUUCGCCUCCAGCUGGGGCCCCCUCCGGGCCCUGGUGGGGAAGGACUCUGCCGGCCCAGAGCCAGGGCCUCCCCAUUUACUGUGUCAUCUGCUCUAUUUUGUCUAUUUCCAGCUAAUUUCAGACUUAAAGAAAAGCUGGGAAAUAGUAAAACAAGCCCAUGUCCUCUGUGCCCAGUUUCUGAUUUGUGACCUUCGGCCCGUUCACUGCAGUGUCCCUGACCCCAAGUGCUUUGUGCUCCUACUUCAGGUUGAGAACGGGGUGUCCUCCACCACGGCCCUCGUGACCUGUCCAUGGGCUGAGCACCGUGUCCCCGCUGUCCACAGACUGAGUGGGCCUGGGUGUCCAUGUGGCGCUGCUGCUGCUUCCAGGCCAGGGCCACUGCUGGGACCCCCCGCCACCCCCACCCAUCCUGGUCCCACGCCCCACCCCGGGGACACCGCAUCCUCCGUGCCCCACCU